AUGACGUGCGACCCCACCCACCAGGAAGAGGGCUCUUCCGCAUCACCCGUUCUCUUCGAUCCCACUAACAAAACUGCUCGCGUACAAGAGCCAAACGCCAACAGCAGCAGUGAGUGCAGCAGAACGGCGACUGACUGCGCAGGUUCCAGCACCCCAUCAGAUCCACCCAGGGGCCAUUCCCACGGGGAACCCCCCAGAGCCCCCCAGGCAGCCUCUUGCGCCUCUGAAAGCACAGGCACAUCGUUAGGAGAGGGGGGAAUAACCUCUUCUUCUGUAUCGUCUCUUGCUGGUCCUCCUGAAGGCCAGGGGGGAGCGGUAUCCUGCAGAGACCCGAGGAGACCUCCAUGGGCCCGCAGGGGCCCCACAGAGGCGGAGUGGGCUCUAAAGGCGGAGGAUGCGAAGGGGUGGGUGCUGGCACCUCCGUGGAUUUUGGACAUGGGUGCUCCUCGGGUUUCUGCCUCAGAUGGGGGAACUUCAAACGAGGAGGUUCGACAGAGGGUCCCCGCUAGGGUGUGGGACGGAUACAAGGACGUGUGCUAUGAAGCAGAUUACGUAUUUGGACCUGAGGCAUCCAAUGCAGAAGUGUACUUUCACCUAGUCAAAAGGCUAGUCACUGCUGCUGUGGGGGGCACAAACGCGACGGUCCUCGCCUAUGGCCAAACAGCCAGCGGCAAGACCCACACAAUGUUUGGAAGUCCGCAGCAGGGUUCCCCCGGUGGCAAGGGGGUCCCCCAACGGGUACCCCAAACUGAUAAGGGUAUUAUUCAGCUGGCAUUGCAAGAUAUAUUCCAGGAGAGGGAACAGAGGGGGGAAGAGGAGCGCUUCUCUGUGUCUCUCGCAAUGUUCGAAGUAUACCAGGAAGCAGUAACGGAUUUGCUGCAUGGGACCGCUGGAAGGUCUCCUGGCGGGCCUUCGCAAGCUGAGGCACCCUCAGAUCUACGGCAAAAGAGGCCCAUCGCCCUAUGUGAAAAAGCUGACGGUACCCUGGACAUGGGAUCCCUGACUACCCGUAGCGUGUCGUCUCUGGCUGAAGCCCUGGACUUAGUAAAGAGGGGUCAGCAACGGAGGCAUGCAGCUGAAACUGCGGCCAAUGCCCGUUCCUCACGCUCCCAUGCGGUCCUCCGAGUCGUCCUUGCCCCAGCGGCAGCAACGGCAAUAGCCACUGCAGCGGGAGGUACUGCCACUGUUGCUGAGGGGACAGCUCUGAAAGAAGAAAGUGGGAGGCUCCUCUCGCGGAACCCCUGGAGGCCCUCAGUUCUUAGUAUGGUGGAUCUGGCAGGAUCUGAGGGGAGUGGGAACACCACUUCUGGGGGCCGGUUGACCAACAAAACUCAAAGGGAAGGGGGCACUAUUAAUCGCAGUCUUCUCGCCCUCUCUAAGGUGGUUAAGGCACUCACUAAGCAACAGCAAAAACAGUACCAGCAUCCGCAGAAAAAGGAAGAAACCGCAGCACUGCCCUCUGGACUGUCAGAGGAGGUGCCUGGAAGCGCAGGGACAGGCCAACGGCCUCCACCCCAGUUCUUGGGCUUAAGAGAGUCUAAAUUAACUCGCCUUCUGGGUGACUGCUUAGGGGGCCCUUGUCAUACUUCGCUGAUUUGUCUCUGCGCCCCGGGGGCAGUGUGCUACAGACAGACAGCUGCCACCCUUAUGUUCGCUCGGAGGGCCCGCAAACUGCCCCCAGUCGUCCAGGCAGGGGUCCAGGAGGGGGCCUCAAAAUUGAAAAGACAUUACAUUAAGGCGUCUUCCAGUGAUGCCGCACCAGCACCAGCGGCACUUGCUGCUGCUCCAUCUGGCCUUGGUGGCUCUAACAAUUGCCCCGUGGAGGGUGUUCCUGGGGCCUCCUCCGGGGGCCCGCCGCGACCAUUUGUCUAUGUCCCCACAGGGUGUGUUCAGUGUAGGGCGCUGUAUAAAGCCUUUCAGGAAGCAAAAGAGGAACUCGCUUGCCAGGCGAUACAACUGAGACAGCUCCGGUAUGUUAUUAAUAGGGGGCUCCCUGCUACAGCUGUGGCUGCAGGAGCGGCAGCGGCUGGCUACGCCUUUGCUGAUAGUAGCAGCAGCAACUGCGACAAUGGCUCGUCUGACUCAGAGGCGGAUAUCGAGAGGCAACAUCAAGAGCAGCAGCCGGAGGGGAGGAAACGAACUGACGAUGAGGCUCUUGAAGCAUGGUACGCCACAUGCAGCGUGGCGCCCUCAGAGGGCCCCAUCCGCCUUGGAUCUCUCGGCACCACGGACUGUGCACCAGCGGCAGCAGUGGUUGGUGCUGAUAAAGCUUCGCGUCAGCAGCAACAGAAGGGCACUAGCAGCAACAGCAGCCAGGUGAAGGUGAUCUAUGUCUGCGAAGUGUGUGAGAAGGACUUCCGGAGUGCGCAGCAGUACGAAGCUCAUGCGCGGUCCCUCAAACACAAGAAGAAUGUCAAACGGCUCGCGGCACAGCUGGAAGCAGAUCUAGAGGGUCUUGAUGCGGGGUAUGACGAAUUACCGAAACCGCAAGAGGCCGAGCAGCAAGAUAAAGAGGAGCGGCACGAUAAGGAGGAGGAGGGAACCUCAGCUGUAUCAGCAGAAGAUGAAUGCGAACAAUCUUCGGGAAAUCAGCCUCAAGCCACCAAAGGACCGUCUGCAACAGGUGCGAGCAGAAUCAGCAGUAGCAGAAGCAGCUCUCCUGUGUCCAGCUCCUCCAAAGGCAGGAGCGAUCUGCCGCACAUAAGCAGCGAUGAGAGUAUCAGCAGUUGUGACAGCGGCGAUAGUGACGACAGCUGCAGCAGUGACGAGAGCGACAGUGAAGAGGACGCAGACGAAGCUUUGCUGCGCCUAGCCGGUUCACGGACAGCGCAAUGGGGGCACUCAAAGGGCCGCCGUCGGGACAGCACCAGCAGCAACUGCAGUAGGGGAGAGCUCGAGGAACCGGGUGAGACUGUUGCAGCAGUAGCUACUGAAGAAUCUGAAGACGAGCAGCCUGACGGCGUAGAAGCGCCCAAAGGAGGGCGCAAGCGCCAUUCACGGCGUCAGCAGCUGCCAGGUAAAGCAGAAAACAAUAAUUCUAAAAGUACCAGCAGCCCGAAGGGCAGCAGGCGGAAGCAGGCAACAAAAGUUUCAGCGGACUGCUCUUCAUCAGCAGAAGCAGGAGGCGCAACAGACUCAGGGAAGACGACGGGCUCGAAAGAGGGAAUAGCAAAGGAAACGACAUGCGCUGUUUGUGGGACUUUUUUCCCUACACGGAAUGCUCUCUUCAACCAUAUCAAGAAGGAAGGGCAUGCUGCCUUAAAACCUGUCCCAGUAGGCAAGGGGCGCAAGACCAAAUGA